AUGAAAAUAGUAUAUAUAUUUAUAUUUAUUUUAAAUAUUUUAAGUUAUAAAUUAUUUGUAGCAAGUACAUCAUUAUUAGGUAUAGAUUUCGGUAACGAAUUUAUAAAAGUAUCUAUUGUAUCACCUGGGAAGGGUUUUAAUAUACUAAUAAAUAAUCAAAGUAAAAGAAAAAUAACGAAUGUAAUAUCAUUUGCUGGUAAAUCUAGGUCGUACGAUGAAGAAGCGAAUAUAUUUAGUACAAAACACCCUCAUCUAACAUUAAUAAAUAGUAAUAGUCUUUUAGGAUACAACUUAUUUGAUAAAUUAAAAAAGAAGGAAAAUUUUAAUAUUGAAAAUUAUGAUGAGAAUGAUGAAUUUUAUAAUGAUAUAAAUAACUAUGAUUUUUAUAGUGACAUUGCAUCUAAAUAUUAUGCAUAUGAUUAUUAUAUAGAUCAUAAAAGAGGUACAAUUAAUAUAAAACUAAAAAAUGAAAUGAUAUUAUCUUCUGAAGAAAUAACAGCAAAUAUAUUAAAUUAUAUAAAAAAAUUAGCAUAUACUCAUUUAAAUAUUGAUUAUAAAAUUAAUAAAAAUCUUAAUGUAAAUAUUGGUUGUGUUAUUUCUGUACCCUGUAAUUAUUCUCAAAGAAAAAAGCAGGCUUUAUUAAAUGCAACUAAGAUAGCAGGUUUAGAAUUAUUAGGAAUAAUUAAUGGGGUUACUGCUGCAGCUAUCCAUAAUGUACAUGAUUUGCCAUUAAAUACAACAAAGUUAACUAUGUAUUUAGAUGUAGGUAGCAAAAAUGUAAAUGUGGGUAUUGCUACGAUUAGUAAUGUUGAAAAAGAUAAAGUUCAUUCUAGAAGUGUAAGGGUAUAUGCAUGCGAAUCAUUAGAGAAUAGUUCAGGAAAUAAAAUAGACAUAAUUUUGGCGGAAUAUUUAAGAAAAAAAUUUGAAGAAAAGUAUGAUGUUUCUAUAAUUGAUGACAAAAAAGCAAUGAGAAAAUUACUUAUUGCUGCAAACAAAGCAAAGUUGCUAUUAAGUGCUAAAAAAUCAGCUGAUGUUUUUAUAGAAAGCUUAUAUAAUAAUAAAAGUUUAUCAGAAAAUAUAACAAGACAGCAUUUUGAGGAAUUAAUUGUAGAAACUAUUGAUAAUAUUAAAAUUCCAAUUAAUAAUGCUCUCAAAAAGGCUUCUUUUGAAUUAAAAGAUAUUGAAGCUCUAGAAUUAAUUGGUUCAGCCUGGAGAAUACCAAGGGUUUUAAAUGAAAUAACUAAUUUUUUUCAUCCUUUAAAAGUUGGAAUGCAUUUAAACAGCGAUGAAGCAAUUACUAUGGGAUCUCUAUUUACUGCUGCAUAUAAUAGUCCUAAUUUUCGUUUAAGAAAUUUGGAAUACUUUGACAUAAUUUCAAACGAUUAUCACAUUUUAGUUAGUUAUGAUGAUCCUUCCAACGAUGAAAAAAAUAACACUCCUAAAGAAUUAAUUAGUUAUAAUACCAGAUAUCCUGUCAAUAAAAGUGUUUUUUUGAAAUAUAAAGAUAAUUUAAAAUUUUCAGUUUAUGAAAAUGGAAAAAUGAUUACUCAGUAUUCUAUAGUAAAUUUAGAUGAAUCAACUAAAAAAAAAUAUGAACAUCUGGAUACCCCUAAAAUAAAUUUAAAAUUUCGACUUGAUAAAUUUGGUAUUUUAAAUUUAGAAAAAAUUAUUGUUAUUUAUGAAGAAGAAAAGGAAUAUAUAGAAGUCCAAAAAGAGAAAAGUACGGAAAAUAAAGAGGCGAAUGAAGAAUCAAAAGAUUCAAAAGAAGAAUCAGGGGAAGAAUCAAAAGAUUCAAAAGAAGAAUCAAGGGAAGAAUCAAAAGAUUCAAAAGAAGAAUCAAGGGAAGAAUCAAAAGAAAAAUCAGAAGAGGAGUCAAAAGAAGAAUCAAGGGAAGAAUCAAAGGAAAAAUCAAAAGAGGAGUCAAAAGAAGAAUCAAAGAAAGAAUCAAAAGAUUCAAAAGAUUCAAAAGAUGAAUCAAAGGAAGAAUCAAAAGGUGAAUCAGCAGGAGAAAAAAAAGAAGGAAUUAAAGAUACUAAAAAAAAAACUGAAAUAAUAAAACAUAAAAUCCCUUUAACAUAUGAAGCUAGAAGCAUGAAACCUUUGCCUUUAAAUAAUGAAGAAAUAAAGAAUAAAAGAGAACUUUUGAAAAUUUUGGAUGAUCAUGAUAUUAAUAUUUUUCUUAAAUCAGAGGCUAAAAAUAACCUAGAAUCUUUUAUAUAUGAAACAAGAAGUAAAAUGAAACAAGAUAUAUUUAAAAAAGUUUCAAAAGAAGAAACAAGAAAUGAAUACCUAAGUAAAUUGGAGGAAUAUGAAGAAUGGUUAUAUGUGGAAAAUGAUGAGCCAUUAGAAAAUGUAAAUACCAAGAUAAAAGAGUUAGAGGAUAUUUUUAUACCUAUUAAAGAAAGAGCAUAUGAACUAGAAGUAAGAGAUAGAGUUAUUGAAAAAACUAAUUUGAAAAUAAAAGAAAUGAAAGAAAAAAUUAAAGAAAUUUCUGAAAAAAAACCAUGGGCAACAGAUACAAUUAAAAUGGUAAAUGAUUCAUUGGAAAAAGAAAUAUUAUGGUGGAAUAAUGCUCAGGAUGAGCAAAAAAAAUUAGACAACUAUUCAGCUCCUUUUUUUAAAUCGAAUGAAGUAGAAUUGAGGUUUAAAUCCAUUGAUUCUUUGAUAAAAACCUUGGAAAAGUUAAAAAAGCCUAUAGAAAAGAAAGAGACAAAGGAAAACAACAAAAAUACAGAUAAAAGUAAUUCAGAAAAAGAAAAAAAUCCAGAAAAAGAAAAUUCAGAAAAAGAAAACAAUUUAGAAAAAGAUAAUAAUUCAGAAAAAGAAAACAAUUUAGAAAAAGAUAACAAUUCAGAAAAAGAAAACAAUUUAGAAAAAGAUAACAAUUCAGAAAAAGAAAACAAUUUAGAAAAAGAUAACAAAGAAGACAAUUAUAAAACGAUAAAUGAAUCGAAUAUUAAUGUUAAAAAUGAACAAAAUCAAAAUAAAUCGAAUGAUAAUAUAGACCAGAAUAAAAAUAAUACUUUUGAGCAAAAAGAUGAACUAUAA